AUGACGCAACUCGAUAUUCUAGAAAACCGUUGUUUGAUGUUACCGGUUUUAGUGCAGACCCCAAACGAUAUCAGUAUGGAACUGGAGGGGACCCCGUGUCAAUCAUCGUUGGACUUAACAGCACAAAAAUUCUCAACCGUCAGCUCUACGUCAUCCACUAACAGCGACUUACACUUUACCACUAAGACAAAAGAUUACAUGAACUCUCUACACCCACCUUCACCGAAGCAGUUCGAACGAAUUGCACUUGUUCAACAACAACGCGAACAAGAGACAAAGCGCAGAGAUCGCGAGCGAAGGCGCUGGUCGCGCGAAGCCCAGCGUCAGCGCAAUAGAGCUGCCAGUAUGUCGACAGUCAGUCAGGAGGACCAGGCGCAGGCGCAAGCUGCGCGAACUAUACAGAAAACAUUUAGAGGAUAUCGCGCAAGAAGAGAGAUGCAAGGGUUUGGCUUGGAUUCAAGUACAAGAUGGGUCACUGCAAUUCGAGAAGCUCAAUUUCGACAUGCGACAUUGCCACGACCGAAAACAGAAGCUGAUAGCGAAGCUUUUGGUAAGUCAAAAGCGGACGAUUUUGCGAAACACAAGUCGGCCAGUGCACGAGAAAAAUGGAAGAAGGCGAGCGCCGUUGCGCGACGAGCAGGCCAUGAUGAUCUUUUGUCAGAUUCUGAAGCUUCAGAAUCGUCUUCCGAUGAAGAUGCCUCCCCCGAAGAACGAGCUGCUGCACGAGCGCGACGUGAGAAAGCCACUGCUGCACGGAAACAUGAGGCGCGCAUGAUGGGAAUUCGAUACUUCCUCGAGAUGGUCGACCAGAAGCACCGUUAUGGAAGUAAUCUUUGCCGUUACCACGAAGUUUGGAAGCGAACAGAUACAACCGAGAACUUCUUCUACUGGCUUGACUAUGGUGAAGGCCGCAACAUUGAGGUUGAUGGCUGUCCACGCGAUCGACUUGAGCGGGAGCAAGUUCGGUAUCUGUCUCGUGAAGAGCGCCAGUACUACCUUGUUGAAGUUGACAGUGAAGGCCGACUCUGUUGGGCGAAGAAUGGCCAGCGCAUUGAUACCACAGAAGAGUUCAAGGACAGCAUAUACGGUGUCGUGCCUGUGAACGAUUCCACGCCGGCUUUCAACGCCGCAGCCCAGCCUGAGGAUGCACGAUCCCUCGAAUCUGUCAGCAGUUCCAGCUCCGAUUCUUCUCUAGAGUCACGACGAGAGGCAGACCGGGCUGCCAAGUAUGCGACCCCUGACUUUGACAACAGUCAGGGUAUGAACAAAGUGUCUCAGAUUUCAGCGUCCACAAUCUUUAACAAGUUGAUGCGCAAAUCUGUCAGGAAGAAUACAUGGAUCUUCGUUGCAGACACAAGCUUUCGCAUGUAUGUGGGCAUCAAAGAUUCAGGGGCAUUUCAACACUCGUCUUUCCUCCAGGGUUCGCGUAUAUCUUCAGCUGGCCUCAUUAAAAUAAAGAAUGGUCGACUUUCAUCCCUCUCACCACUGAGCGGACACUAUCGUCCACCCGCUGCGAAUUUCCGCGCUUUUGUUGCGAGCUUGCGGCAGUCAGAGGUUGACAUGAGCCACGUCUCGAUCUCCAAGUCGUAUGUUGUGUUGAUAGGACUGGAAACAUAUAUCAAGACGAAACGCAAGGGCAAGGACUUUGCUCAGCGUGUGGGACACAGGAAAGAUAAGAUAAUAGCCCCAGAGGAGGCGGCUCGUAGGGAAGAGGAAGCCAAGGACAAGAGUGAAAGUGCCGCGAAGGAGAGGGAAGUCUUACAACGAGAAGAGGCAGAGAAGCAAGAGGGAAGACCAGUAAAGAAGGUCUUAAAGAAGCUUGGCAUUAAACCAACAAAGGAGGAGAAACAGGCUGCGAAGAGGGAGAAAAAGGAGGAUGUCGAGAAGAUGCACGUAUAG